AUGGCGAGGCGCUUCUAUCAAGUCGCGAGGUCGCUCAUCGAGGCGAACCGGUCGCCGACGAUGAAGACGCUCGACCUCCGCGGCAGCGCGGAUCUGCUGUGCGUGAACAUGAUGUGCGAGAAAGUGGGCGAGGCGUGCAUAUGCAGGCUGAGCCGCGUGUUAGAGAAGAACGGCACCGAACUCCGGUCGCUGUGCUUGGCGGACAACAACAUCUGCGCGUUCUGGACCUGA